AUGAACAAUGAUCACGAUGGGAGCUCUGAUAACGAAGCAAUCAAGGAGGAAGGCUUUGUGCGUAAAAAGAGAAAGCUUACAGUUUCAUCGGACCUGUACGAUGACGACUCCUCAGACAAUGAAAGCGAUGAUGAAGAUGAAGGACUUAAGACAGACCCUAGCGCCAAAAUCACGGAUACCGCUAUCGACAAUAGAGACCAAGGUGAAGAUGAUAUGUUUGCUUCCGACAGCGAAGGGACUAGUAUGAAUCAAAAGAAUUCCAGCGAGCAUCUACCAAACGGAAACGCGAGAAAGUGGGACGAUAAGCAGAACGAUGUGGCAUCUAAUGGAGGUGUUCAAAUAGAGGCCUUUAAUCUUGAUGAAGAAUCAAGAACCGGUGCUUUUGACCAGUUUGGAAACUACACUGAGAACCCUAGUCGUGGUGACGAAUCAGAAGCGCAAGACUAUUGGUUAGAUGGAUACAACAACGAAGGGCUAAUUCAGCAAGUUAGAGCUGCGCAAAAAGAGCGCCUUAAGCGAGAGAAACUAGAGAGAUCUAAGGCUCUCGACCAGAAGCGAGUCCUGACUUUAGAUGGCGCUCUCAAAAGACUCUUCUUUUUUCUCUCAGCGGACGAGACAACAUUAGAAGCGCUAGGGAGAUUGAACAGCUAUCGAAGGUUGUUUGGAAAAAAAACUAAAUACCCGCGUUAUGAAGCUCGUGAAGGGGACGAUUCGCAAGAACUUCGUGAGCUCAAGAUUAAGCAUACUGUGAGCGCAAUUGAGUUUGUUACGGAUCUUCUGGACAUCAUAGAAAGGAAAGGUAUUACGGACGUUUACGAAUUGACUAGGUCCAAGGUCGAAACCUUAAUUAAAGAGGAGUCGCUGGACAACCAGGACUUGGACAAUUAUGAAACGAAGCUCUGGAGCUUUAAAUGGCUCACAGACUUAGCUACGGUCAAUGAAAGCUACACCAAUUACGAAAUGCAGUGCUGGAAACAGGAGUAUUUUGCAGACAACGUUAUUGUUAAGUUUGUCGAGGACGGAGAUGAGAUAAGGAAUUGGAUUUACAUCGAAUGUUUACAUUUUAUGUAG